GUCGGCAGUUACACCUGUGAAACCCUUUUGCCGCCGCCUCAGCAACGACGAUGGAACUUGCAGGACCAGCACCAAACAAGGAUGACACGGAAAAGGACGGAAAUGGGUCACUGUCGAGCCCCAAUCCUUCAAUGGCUACAACGCUAUCUAUUGUAUUCGCUGCACCGAAGGUUGUGGUGUCAGAGCCAAGAGAACUUGUAACCACUGGUGAUGAAGUGGCGAGUGCCGCUGUGGACAAGCCACUUCCAGAGGAAACAGAAGUCACAGUCAUGAGCCAAUCGCCUGUAAACGCUGAAGAUACUCCUCUCCAGUUGGCGCUGCAAUUCGAGUCCAGUUAUGAGCUUGAAAGAUCGGGCCAUCAAGCACCGCCAAUCGUGGAGCCACGGUCCUUGACAAAAGAAGCACCUACGACACCAGUAAAACCUGCAAUGGGGGACCUCCUCGCUUUGGAUAAUGUCAAUAUCGAGCUCCCUCCUCCAGUCCCCGUCCCACUGUUGCCAGGGUACUCCACCCCAACUCUUGAUUCGCUCGCUGAGUCUAGCAAUCCAUUACCGGUUGCAUCCCCAUUUCGAUUGGAUCUUCAGGAUAUCGCAAUGUCUCCCCAAGACCAUAAACUAGCGUCAUCAUCGAGCUUUGCCUCCAGUGGUCGCAAGUCGGCGCCUGUGGCACGUCUCACGCUGGAUGCCACCGCAUCCUCAGCAACCCCCCGUCAAAAACUGUCUCCUCUGCACGUAGAGGUACCCGCAUCUCCUCGCCGCAGCUCCAAAACAAGCAUGGCCAGUCCACCGCAACCCAUCUCGGUACCCCCUUCGGAAGAUGUCGCUUCGGACUGGAUGGUGUGCCGAACCGAUGCUGGAGACAUAUACUAUUACAAUGUCAAGCGCCAGGAAUCUCAAUGGACUACUCCACAGCCCCUCGAAAUCCAGGACCACCCCCCCCCUCCGCCUCCAUUGCACGCCCCCAUCGACUACGAAGCCGACUGCCUGCAUGUCGCCGUCUCCAACGGGGACCUCGUGCGUGUCCAAGACCUGCUCGCCGCCGGCAUCGCGACCGACGGACUCGACGACGACGGUCGCACGCCAUUGUGGUACGCAUUGGAGCACUUGGAGAUUGCCGUGUUGCUGCUCAACCAAGGUCAUUCAUCCAAGCACCAAAUUGUGGCGCCAGACAUGUACGGCACGACGCUGUUGCAUGUGGUCACAAGACAGCGCAACAUCGAAAUGCUCACGUUACUGCUUCUACAAGCCGACCCAUCGGACGAGUCUGCACCGUUCUCGGAGCCGAUGGACGUCGACGCGCGGGACAGCCACCAACAAACGGCGCUGCACGUGGCGGCCACGUUUGGCUUUCGAAAGUGCGUGGAAAUGCUACUGGCUCAUGGCGCGUCGCCGGCUGUUCUUGACGAAAACUCGCAAACACCCAUCAUGCUUGCGACGCUGGGGGGGCACGUGGGGAGUGUGCAGUUGUUGCAAGUGGCACUGUCCGCGUUGCUGAAACAGACGGAAGUUGCUGUGCAAUCGGAGCCGGUACCAGAUGCAACUCGCGUGCACCAACUGCAAGAACAAGUGGCAGCGUCGGCCAAGGCCCUCGAGGAGAAUCAACGCGCCAACGACGCCUUGCGACUAGAAGUGGACACGUAUCGUUACAACCUGUCCGUGCAACUACGCGAGAAAGAAGCGCUGGAGACAGCAUAUCGCAUCGCGAAUUCGCGGCUGGCCAUGCUCGAAGCGUUGGCCAAACGCACCAAGGAAGACCACGACCACGAGAAAUUGCUGUGGCAGCAAAAGGAGGCUGGGUAUGUCGAAGCCCAUCGGCACAGCAUGGAGGCGACAAAGUCCCUCCAGCAUGAUGUUGACGCUCUCCUGUCCACCCAUUUCCCGAGUCCCCACUUGAAGUCGUCCACCCCAAGGAGCAGUCCGGUUCCGACGCCUUCCAAGGAUACGUCGCCUGGGAAGCGCAGCAGAUUGCCAAGCUCGAACGCUGUAACGGAAGACAUAUCGUACGAGCAUGCGUGGGCGCUGGACCAUCACGACACCGAUCCAAUGGAUGGACACCAGGCUCUGUACCAUGAGCAUCACCAACUCGACCAGCACCAGCUGUACCCGACCCACGACUUUACGCCCAAUCAACACACAUCGCCGCCUCGACCAUCGGCAGCCCGAGUGGAUGCCGUGUGGGCGCAAUUCUUUACGAACGCCGCCGCCGCCGCAAGUACGAAAAUGGACGACGAGCCGUCCGACCGAGGCCUCAUGCAGGCGGUGCUGGACGCCGACAUGGACGACGUGCAGGCCCGCCUGACCAACGGGGAGACCCCCAACAUGCGCGACAGUCUGCGCCGAACGUCUCUCCACUUGGCGACCGAUCGCGGGGACACAGCCAUGCUGGCGUUGUUGUGUGACUUCUUGGGCGACAUUGAGGCCAGAGACGCCAAAGGCAACACGCCGCUGCACAUAGCUUGCUUUCGCGGCCACGUCGGGUGUGUCAAGUUUCUGCUCGAAUCUGCAUCCGAAGUGCAUGUGGUCAAUGCUGACGGCGAGUCCGUCGUGCACGCCGCCGCGAGCGGCGGCAGUCUGCCAUGCCUUCGACUUGUCCUGGAGUAUGGGGCAUCGCCGCUCGACCGGAACCACGAUGGGGAGACGGCGUAUGACAUGCUUCUGGAGCUGGAUGGUCCAGUGGCGCCCUUGUUGGACUGUCUGCAGGAAGCGAUGGCCCCGCCGCCCAAGCAUACGAAGAAGACCUUCCGUGGCACCCCCGUGCCGGUACGUCCGACUGUCUGAAAUGGACAUGGGCGAUUGCUGAUGGAGGACCUACACAGCCUGCACAAUAUACGAGUGUUGAGGACGACAUCGACGAGUUUGUGAGCCCGCCGUCCAGUCCUUUGCCGCAGCUGCCACCGCAUGAAGUGCACAUAUACGACCACGAAGACGACGUCGUUCAUGGGGAUUUGCAGCAUCGAGGCAUGACGCCGGACGGAUGGGGCGGGUGGAUUCGAGGCACGGCGUCGUCGAUGUUUGGACUGGCACGUGUCAAGCCAGAGCACCAUGAAAGGGAGGAAGCGGCGACGUCGCCAUUGAAGCCUCCGACAGAUGCAGAGGUCCUGACCACGACCAAAUAUCAUGAACUGGUGCCUCCCGCACAUGUCACUGAAGCUAUGCAGUCGUCCAAGUUUGCAACUCCAGCGGCCACCUUAUUGGAGCUACCUCAAGAUGUCGCGCACGCUAUGAGAGCAACAAAGUCCGCGCCGAAUCGGUAUGCUAUGGCGGCUGGACAUCAUCCCAAGUCCAUGCAACGAAGCAUGUCCCGAUAUGUCGACACGUUCAAUCCUACAGAAUAAUCCUCGAGUUUCCACCAAUCAGCGAGCGUGGGUCACUUGAAGUUCUUGUUCGGUAUAGAUAAAACAUAAUUUUAUGACUGGAUAACUGUAUGAUGAGUAAAUUAAUG